AUGUCGGUUGUCACAAAGUGUACCCCCUGCGAUCUCGACUCGAGUUUUGAUUUGGGGCGCUGCAUUGGGUUGGCAAUUUUGCACCACAACGCCGUUAAUCGAACUCUCUUGUAUGAGAACGUUCACUCUCGAUGGCUUCAGCAGUCGCAUUUGCUUCUGCUCCUCCUCGCCUGCUCUACGCCUCUGCUAUUUCUUGUCGCAUCGUCCGUCCUCUCGCCCAUGAUCCAAAACAAGCCCCUCAGUCCCUUCACUCGCAACGACAGUGACGGCGAGGAGAAGCCCGUCGUUCCUGUCAAGACCGUUGACAAGAACCCUGCUCGUACUACUAAGCGUAAUGUCGAGCCCCAGGCUCCCGUAAGGGCCGGUGGUGCUAGCGGUAACCGCCGUGGUCCCGGUGGUAACGAGGGUGCUUUCCGGGAUCGUGGUGCUGGCAGCAACCGAAACCAGAACCGAUCCACUGAGGAGGCUCCUCGUGAUGGUCCCCGAGGCGGUGCCGGUGCUCGUGUCCGUGGUGGACGUGGCGCUAGACACGCCCGUGAGCGCGAUGACCGACACCCUUCCAAGUUCGGCGGCCACGGUGGCUCUGACAAGCAGGCUGCCCAAUCCUGGGGUGCUAACGAGGGUACUGCUGAGCUUAAGGACGAGCAGGCCGGUGAAGCUAUCGCUAAGGACGAGCAAAAGGAUGCCGUUGCUGAGGACGCUGCCGCUGAGGCUGCCGCCGCCGAGGAGGAGGCCGAGAAGCAGGUCUCUUACGAGGAAUAUCUCGCCCAGCAGGCUGAGAAGAAGGCCGCUCUCGACUCUGGUCUCAAGGUCCGUGAGGCCAACGAGGGCAGCAAGCUCGACAAGAAGUGGGCCAACGCCAAGCCCCUCGAGAACGAGGAGGAGGAGUACUUCGCCCCUACCGGAGGCAAGGCCCAGCGCCAGCGCGAGCGCAAGGUCAAGCAAACCAUUGACUUCGACCCCCGCUUCGUCGAGCCUGAGCGCACCCGAGGUGGUGCUCGCGGAGGCCGAGGCGGCCGUGGAGGUCGUGGCGGAGAGCGUGGUGGUGACCGUGGCCGUGGAGGUAACCGCGGCGGUCGCGGCGGUGCUCCCCAGGGAUCUGCUAAGGGCAAUGCUGCUAUCAACACCAGCGACCAGUCUGCUUUCCCCAGCCUCGGCGGCAACUAG